CUCCCUUUGAUUUCUAUGGAAAGUUUAGGGUUCUAGUCUACAAAUCUCGCUAAACACUAGUUGUUAGGGUCACAUUCUGUCGAUUCUUGGGUGUAUUAAGUGUGGGUGGGUUCAAGUUCAUCGAUUAGUGUUCGUUGCAGCUGUUUUGGUGGGUUUCUUUUGGUCAAUCAUUUUAUCUGCUCCGAUCGAUCGUGGUUUCAGUUGUCUUCUUCAAAGUUUAGUGAUUUCAACCUCUGUUUUCCGAUUAAGGUUUCUUAAAGUCUAUUAGGGUUCCGAUUAGGGUUUCUUCAAACAUGUUUGUCUUCUGAAAUGCUUGAUAAUGCUUCUAGUUAUAAAGAACAUGAGUUUAUGGCUAUUGAAAUUCAUCGUUAAAGACUUGAUUUUGUGCAUGCAUGCCUUUUGGUAUUUUUGUAAUUACCUAAAAAAUUAGGGGCUCUUCUUGUUAUUUUAUUUGUCCUAUGAUAGCACGUGCUUAUGUAUUCUUGUAAAAACUGAAAUCUUUUAGGGCUUUUCUGAUUGGUAUGUUUAGGUCUUUCUGUAAUAAUUGAAAAUUUUAGGGUGUUUUGGUUAUACUGAAGUUAGGUGAAGGAUUAUUCUAUGUAAAGGUGAUGUCUUUUUCUGUAUGCAAGCAUUUUUUUUUUUGUUAUUUGCUGUUUUCUGUUACUUUUCAUUUUCUGUGAUUUAUUGUUAAUGUUUAGGCUAGCCUAAUGUUUAUGGUAAUUAGUAUAAGUUAUAGAUGUAAUUCAUUGUUUGGCUGAGUUUUUGAAUUGUUAAAACCUCUGUAGGUUGAGGAAUGGCUACUAAGUACUUUCAUUUUAGAUGGAAAAUUGGUGGUAUAUUGGUGAGUGAAGUGGGGCCUACUUUUGUUGGGGGUAGGACAGAACAUUCUUUUAACAUUGAUUUUGAUCAUUUGUCUAUUCAUGAGCUAGUAGAUCUUGCUAAAGAAUUUGGGGUGAUUAAUUUAGGGACCACUUAUAUUGCACCUAAGGGGGGUGCUUUGGUAAAAUUAACAUCAGACAGGGAUUUAUUAGACCUAGGAGUACUGUUGAAUGAUGGGGAUACAAUUGAAAUUUAUGUGUGCAAUGACUCUUCUUUUGAGGAUGUGGGGCCUGUCAGCCGGCAUGUGAUUGGUGGGGCUGGUGAUAAUUUAUCAAAGCCAAGUGGGGAUAGGGAAUCUGCCAGUUUAUUUAUUCCCUAUCCUCCACUAGUUAAUACAACACCAACUACAAGUCUAGAUCUAGAAAAUAUUUUUUCUCCAAACUGUGUUGAAGGGGCUGAAGCAAAUACCAGUGGUGCUUUUGCUAGUAGUGAUUUUGCUGCUGAGAAUCCCACUGGUGAUGUAGACAAUUCUGAGGAAGAAGAUGCAGUAAAUGGGUCUGAUUCUGAACUGUCUGAUGAUUAUGGGAGUGAUGUUCAUGAAGAACUUAGGGUGGUGAGAGAAGAUUUAAGAGAAUACAAAAAAAAACAAGGCUACUAGGACUGCUAAGGAUAGACCAGAUGGGUUUUUAGGUGAGGCUGGAGUGGAUGAAGGUUAUGAAGACAUUGAUAGUAAGAGAACAAAUCUAAGGGGUUAUUUGGGAGGUGAUGAUGAUGAGCCAUAUUAUGACUCAUCAGAUGUAGAUAGUUUUGCUUCUGAAUCUGAGGGUGAAGAUGUUAGUGAUGAUGAACAAGUUGAAGGAGGGACUGAAUUGAGGGCAAGGAGGAAGACAAAUAGGGUUGUGUAUGAUCCAGAUUGUGAGAAAGUCAUUUGGCAGGUUGGUCAAGUAUUUCAAAAUGUCAAAGAAUUCAGAGAAACUUUGACCAAAUAUGCUCUGAAGAAAGGUGUCCAGCUGGACAAGAAGAAGAAUGACACAAGAAGGGUGAGGGUGAAGUGCAAAUAAGGUUGUCCUUGGAUGAUAUAUGCUAGCAAGGAAAGUAGGAGUACAAACUUCACAGUCAACACCUACAAUCCUAGACACAAAUGCCAUAGGACCAACAUCAACUUCCUUUGCAAUUCUAAAUUUCUGUCCAAGCAUUAUAAGGAGAGAAUCACUUCCCAACCUACAAUUAAAGGGUGGGAAAUACAAGACUUGGUUAGGAAAGAUUUUGGUAUAUAUGUUGGGAAAUCUGUCUGUUUGAAAACAAGGAAGAUUGUUUUGAGAGAAGUCAUGGGAGAUCAUAUUGCUGAGUUUUGUAGACUCUUUAACUACAGGGAUGUGCUGCUACAAACUAAUCCUGGCAGCACAUGUGUUGUGAAUGUAAUAGACAAGGAAGAUGGUAAGAAAGAAUUCAAAAUUUUCUAUAUUUGUUUUGCUGCAAUGAAAUUGGGGUUCAUGGGAGGUUGUAGGAGGUGUAUAGGCCUAGAUGGUUGUUUUCUGAAAGGUAUUUGCAAGGGCCAGUUACUUGUAGCAGUUGCUAAAGAUGGAAACAAUCAAAUGUUUCCAAUAACAUGGGCUGUUACUGGAACUGAGACAAAGGAUACAUGGAGAUGGUUUAUGAGAAUCCUCCAGGAUGACUUGCAACUUGGAGAUGGGACUGAGGUCACUAUAAUUAGUGACAUGCAAAAGGGUCUGGUUAGUGCUGUUGAAGAAGUACUUCCUGCUUGUGAGCACAGAAUGUGUGCUAGACACAUUCUGUCUAACUGGGCCCAAAAUUGGAGAGGUAUUGAGAGGAGGAAAAAAUUCUGGAAGUGUGUUAGGUCAACAUUUGAGGCAGAACUGAAAACCAGGCUGAAUGAGUUAGAUUAGUUGGGUAGGGGUAUUGUUGAAGACCUUAUUUCAUACAACAAAGAAAGGUGGUGCAAAGUGUAUUUCAAAGAAUUUUCAAAAUGUGAUAGUGUGGACAACAAUAUGUCAGAAUCUUUUAAUGCUUGGAUACUGUCAGCUAGACACAAGACAAUUGUGUCAAUGUUAGAAGAAAUUAGAAUCAAGGUGAUGAAUAGGAUAGCUAAGAUGAGGGCAUUUUCUGAAACUUGGGUUGAUGGGAUAUCACCAAUGGCAUUGAAAGUGUUCAAUGCUAAUGUUGAGAAGUCAAUGAACUGUACACUUCAUUGGAAUGGAGACUGUGGCUUUGAAAUCAAAGAGGGGUUAGGUACUCAUAUUGUUCAACUGGCAAGGGAAUAUUGCAGCUGCAGGUCAUGGCAACUAAAAGGUAUCCCUUGUGCACAUGCCAUAGCAGCUAUGCACUAUAGGAGAAUUGAUCCAAGUGAGAAUAUUGUACAUUGGUACAGACAAGAGACCUAUUUAAGGGCUUAUUCUCACUUCAUACAGCCUGUUCCAAGCAUGAUUAUGUGGCCAGACAGUACAAACCCAAAGAUAGAGCCUCCGGAAGUCAAAAAAAUGCCUGGCAGGCCAAGAAGGUGCAGAAGAAAGGAGAUAGGAGAAGUGAGAAGGGCUGGAAAGUUGACAAAAAGAGGGAUAGCCAUGACAUGCCCUGGUUGCAAGUCUAGUACACAUAACAUAAGAAGUUGUCCUUCAAGGCCUCCAAUUGCAUCAGCAACAACUUUUGCCCCUUCUAGGAGGAAAUACUCAGUGCCACCAACUUCAUCAGCAACUUCCAAGAGCAAAUACUCAAGGCCACCAACUGUCGAUGCAACUUCCAAGAGGAAAUACUCAUGGCCACCAAAAGCAGCAGGAUCAACAAGAGCAGCAAAUGCAGGAGAAACUGCUCCUCCAACUACACCAGCAACUGCUCCACCAACUGCUCCAGCAACUGCUCCACCAACUGCUCCACCAACUUCCAAGAGGAAAUACACAAAGCCACCAGUCCCUCCAAGUCCUAAAGCAACUACAAAGGCUAAUGCUUCCCAGCAGUCAUCAACUGGAAGUACAAGAAAAAGUAGUGUUCAUGACACUCAAGAUGCAUCUACAAGCAUGAGAGGGGGCAGGACUAAGUACAAGAGGCCAAGGGUUGUUGGACAGGGUGUAUUUGUGUCUGAGUCUGGAUACAAAUGCGUUAAUCAAGGAAUGCCUAGCAGCAGGUUGGUGUCCACACCUAAGGCAAUGAAUUCAGCCUUGGUAACAGGUGAUAUUGGAUACAAACCCAGCAAAGGAUUGAAGUGGAAAGGAACAAAAGCAGUUACACAAAGACAACUCCAAGUGCAAAGUGCUAAUCAUAGAAUCCAAACAAGAUCAAAGGCUCUUGGAGUUCAAACAAGAUCAAGAAAAGGAAAAUCUCCAAUGAAGUAGUCUGAUAUUUCUAUGUUUAAGCUAGCUAUUUUUUGGUGAAACUUGAAUAUGUAAGCAAACAAUGUAGCUUGGUAGUUUUUGUUGACAGUUAGUGCUACUGUCCAGUUAUUUUGCAUAUGAUAAUGACCUUGAUUUCUGACCAGAUUUUGAUGUGAAA